AUGUUUUUCAAGACGCUCACUCUCAUGCUCUCACUUGCGACUGCCGUGACACCGCGGUUCGUCAAGCGUGAUGAAGGCACCAAGUUGUAUGCCUACGGCAAGGGCAUAUCCGGCUUUGAGGUGUAUGCUGGGCUAAACGGUACGGCCUACAUUGCUGCUUCGCCUAGUGCCAACCUCACCGAGUUGACCUGGUCCUCCCCAUCCAUGGAUGCAACCUGGAAUGUCACCGCCAACAGCACCGACCCAGAGCUGCCAGUUGAUACUGGCCGGGUCUUCUACAUCAUCAACUCAGACACUGUCUAUGAGCCAUGCGGUUUCAAAUCACCAAACGAGACCCUGCCUACUGACGCCUCCAUCACUGGCUUCUUCCUGUUCGGGAAGCAAGCCUUCUGGAGCGACGGCUCAAGCUACGAGGCGCAGUUCUGGGCCAAGGCUACUGGCGAGACCGAUCUCUACACAUUGAACUGGAACAAGGCUGGGAUCGAGCAGACGGGCAGCGUCCCAGUCACUCUGAAGACCACCGCCCCUGCUACUCUGGAUCGCAGCAAACACCGCCAUUAA